AUGAAAUUUCGUAACACAGUUUACUGUACCAUUCUGCUAUUUCUGUGUAGCAUAGGAGAAAAUGUAGAGUUGUUGGUACACGGGAACACGGGGAACUUAACUGACAACAUUCACGGUUUUCCUGGACAUAAUAUCGACCUAGCGGAUUUGAUGCAAAUGUUUCUGAGCCAGACUGUCGAAAUAGAAAACCUGAAACAGCAGACGGAAAACCUAAAAAAUCAGUCAGAAAAUGAUAGAUCUACAAUUCAACUGCUUCUCAAUCAGACCAAAGAGUUUGGGAAUUUUAAGCGACAAGCUGAAAAUGACCGAUCCACCAUACAAUCACUACAGAAUCGGGUGUUCUUCCUGGAAGCAGAACUUAAAAACGUAUCACAAAGGUUAAAUGAUGCUGUUAAAGCUUUAGAUGAUUUAAAACGUAAAGAUAUCUCAACUACACAGCAGCUUUUUAACCAAAGUGUAGAAAUCAAGCAACAGUCGGCAAAAGAUAGUUAUACAAUACAUUUACUACAGAAUGAGACUCAACGACUUGUAAGGAAUUUAGAUGACCUGAAGGUUCAAGUGCGAUACACGAGUCUGUCGUUGUUAGACGUGCUUUCCAUGACAGAAGAAUUGAACGGAUCAUUAAUUCAACGGCUUGAAGAGAGGAUAAGUGAUGUCCAUGAUCAUAUUACAAAUGUGUCCAAAAGAAUAGGAUUUACUUCUUCAGUAUCGUCUUCCAACAACAACUGGAACAGCGGUACUUUGGUAUUUCCUGAGGUCAUCACAAACGUCGGGAACGGAUACAACCCAAGUACCGGGCUAUUUACAGCUCCCACAUCGGGGGAAUAUGUCUUCUUCGUCAAUGUGCAGGGUUACGGUACUCAAACCAUUUAUGUAGACAUUGUGCUGAAUGGAGUAAGUCAAAUAAGAACACUUGCGUGUGGCGGUACUUAUCAGGCUAACAACCCAGGUCCUAAUCUGGCAUUGUUGACUCUACAGAAAGAAGACAGAGUGUGGGUAAAACAUCAUCAUGGCCAAGGUUAUUUUAGUGAUGGUAAUAUAACCACAUUUUCUGGGUUUCUCCUCUAAUGUGAUCAUACUAAAAUAUCAAGAGGGAUACCCGACCAUCUUGUCCAAAUGAAGACCAAAAUAUAACAUUUCCUGAGCUGAUUUGUUUUUGUAAAAA